UGUGAUGCAAAGGAUUUUCUUUAAAAACAUUCGGGCUCAAGGAAGUCUACGGAGUGGAGAAACAGGUUAACCCCAAGACUAAUGUUAAACAUUAUUUAGUAAAUAACACUAUAUUAUCUUGUAAGCAACAUUAGUAACGGAACAUAAAUCUUGAACGUAGCCACAGGGGCCAACGUUCGCUAACGUUCACAUAAAUAUAGUGAGGCUAUAACAUAGCUGUGGCUAGCUAAUAGCUACUGUAACUUACACCACCUUCACUCAGCAAACGUCUACUAAAGUGGCGCUUUUUAUGGCAGCCAUUUAGCUCUAUCUGGCUGUACUGACAAUGAUCGUAUUCAGUCGUGUCACGAGUUAACCUUACAGGCAAAUCAUGCGGCAAGAAAACCUCCCGGACAACAAUGGACCAGCAGGUAUCUGUUAGCCAGCUGUGCAGUGUCAUAAACAGUGCCUUCAAUGGAGAGAAGCAGCGAAGAAGGAGCAGCUCCUGAUGAAGAGGAUGGAGACCAGGCAGCCAGUUGGAUUAUGAGGACAGACAGGUCGGAGGAUGAAGAGGUGAAAGUGACAACAUCCCAAGGUGGAGUACCAGAGUCUUCUACGGACAUUUUAGCUGUGAGGCUCUGGAGAGGACCUGUGUACCAGGAUCAGGAGAAAUCAAAGAGGAAGACUGGACCGACCAUAUCAAGCGGUGUGAUGUCUGAAGGCCAAGCAGUAGUCUUGGAGCCAGAGAGGGAUGAGAGCUCAGCUGUUCCCGCUGUGUCUUCCUCCAGCAUCAUGGACACAUGUGGUCCUUCCAUAUCAAGCCUCUCCUCCUCCUCGUACUCAUCCAACUAUCAUCAUACCAAUUUUUCUUCAUCCUCAUCCUCGUGCUCUGUCCCGUCUCUCACUCCUCCUUUGCCUCCCUCCGUGGAGCUGUCAGCUGUGUUGACUGAUACAAGGCUGACCCUGGAUGUCUACCAGGGAGGAUCAGCUGCACUGCCGCUGCUAUGGGCAUCCAUCCCUGGGCAGCUGAGAGGGCUCCAGUACCUGAGACUGGGUUCUGAAGAUAAACCAGGGCUAGACGGUGCACUUGAUGUCCUACCCCAUCUGACAGAGCUGUGCUCACUGGCUAUUCGGGGACACUGUUUUUAUGACUCGCAAGGUGACCCGCUACCUGGCCUCCUCACCACUUUGCCCCCCACUGUUUCCUCCCUUUCUCAUCUGGUGCACGUGGAUCUCUCCUUCAACCGGCUCUCCUGUGUGCCAUCCUGCCUGCUCAGCAUCCCUACGCUGUCUUCCUUGCUCCUCUGUCACAACCGCCUCUCAGCCCUGUCUCCUGAUAUAGGCCACCUUUCCUCCCUCACCUACCUCUCCCUCCUGGGGAACAAGCUGGUCUCUCUUCCCCCGAGUCUGGGUCGGCUGAAAGCACUACAGACACUGGAUGUUUCAUAUAAUCUCCUCCAGCAUCUACCUGAUGAAAUUGGUUCUCUGGAGGAGCUUGUUAAACUGGAAUUGUGCCACAACAAGCUGAAACAGCUACCGGAGACCAUGGGCACUCUCCUGUCGCUCAGGGAGCUUGUCAUCUACAGCAAUGACCUCCGCCUGAUCCCACGUUGUCUGAACAAACUGCCUCUGCUGAAAAUAGAUGUGCGUGACAAUCCAUUGGGACAACCCCCAACCCCUCCCCCACUCCCUCCUACACCUGAUCGAGCUGAAACAAAAAUUCCAGAGUUGCACCUUGGAUUUAAUCAGCACAGUUUCUGUGUUUCGUCUGCUGGGUGUCAUGUGUUUCUCCCAGGGGGGGCUGAGCUGCUGUUCCCCCCAGGAUGCCUAGUGACAACCACAAGACUGGAGUGGAUUGAGAAAAGGCCAGAUAGGAAGUUGGUGUGGUUGGAAGAGCAUGACAUCCUACUGAGUCGUCCUCUGGAACUUUGUCCACAUGGAAUUACAUUUCUUAAGCCUGUGGAGGUGUGUGUGCCAUAUCAUCGAACAAAAAGAAGGGAGGUGGUUGUGCGGAGGUUUGACGGACAGACGUGGAGCACUCUGCCCACUGAUCUAAGGAGGGGAAGCAAGAGCCAUAGCAGUCACCCCGGAGGACGUCCAGCCAGGCUGGCAUGCUGCUCAGUGAGCCAGUUCUCCUGGUUUAUGGCAGUGUCCCGUCCAGUGAGGGACAGCUGCUCUGUGACGCCAGCUGGAGCCCUGCUGGUGUCCAGCUCUGACCCGGGAAUCAAGCUCCGCUUCCCUCCAGACUCCACCGUGCAGACCCGCACCAUAACUUUACAGGUGCUGCAGGUGUCUGUGUCAGAAGUACAAGCACUGUGUGGUGAUCCUCAGGCCAGAGUCAGCCCUCUCCUCUGCCUCUCCCAGACUCCCAACAUACAUUUCCUGCAGCCUGUCAAAGUUCAGAUCCCUCUGCCACCUGGAGUCACAGGCCAUACAGUUGAUACGACCUGUUUGCAUUUGAUCCAUGGAGACCCCACUGCUCAAACCUGGACUGACAUCACAUCACACGUGUCUCUCUACGUCACCCAUUUGUAUGCCAUUUUCUACAUUACACAUUUCUCCUGGUACUGGCUGUGGUACACCACACAGCGCUGUGUUAGUGGAGUGGUCAGGAAGGUCUAUCAAAGACUAAAACAGUUUAAAGUCCAGUUCCUCGUCCUACAGCGGAAGACUGAUCCUUCACAAGUUUUGGUACAAUGUUUACCUGCUAACAAGGUGGAAGGCAGAGUGCAGUCUUUGUCAGAGCAGUAUGAUGGACCUCAGCCUUCAGACCUGUGUGACCUGCUGGAAGGAGAGCAGUUCUUUGCCGGCUUUGAGAGGGGCUUAGAUAUCAGCACAGACAGACCAGACUGUGUGCAGGGAAGACUCUGUUUUGUGUUUUACUCAAACCUGAAGAAUCUGAAGGAAGUGUACAUCUGUCCAGCUCAGGGUCAGAGGGAGCCAGUGAGGGGACAAGUUUCUUUUUAUAGGGGGGACAUUCCGAGCAAUCUGCCAGAGGAAGUGACACGAAAGAGGAAAGGACAUGACAGCCAGUGGCUUGCAACUUUACCGAUAAGACUUCCUGCUCCAAACUCAGAAAACAGUUACAUCAUGGAGGAGCUCCAGUAUCCUCCUCUGAACCUGGGUGACCCUGAGAGCGGCUAUCUAACCGAAGCCAACCUGCUGUCCAUCUCUCUUCAAAUUGGACAGGACUGGCGUGUCAUUGGCAUCAAUCUUGGCUUAAGCUACCAGGAGUUGGACCGCAUCCAGCACAAGAACAGGGACAACCUGGGAGCAUUGGUGCUGGACAUGCUGUUCCACUGGGCCCGGCAACAGAGGGAUGCAGGACCUGGGGCGGUGUCGAGGCUGAUGGCUGCUAUGAGCGAGAGUGGUAGGAGAGACCUUGCAGAUGAGAUUGAGGACAUUGUCAGCAUAGGAAGGAGAAAGUACUCCGAGUCACUGAGGAGAGUGGGCCUGGAAGCUGAGAGCUCCUCCCUUGAUGAGACACAGCAGUAGAUGAGCCCUCGCUGGGUGCAGAUGGCUGACUUACACUUGAGUAACCUGUUUGUUUACAGUGCGCCUCCAUCAUCUCACCUUGCUGUCUAAACAACUGCCCUGGAGUAUAAAAAAAAAUCUCUCUUUUUCACAAUCAUGAUAGCCAGCUACCUGCUGGCAGAGCCUUGCACAUAACCCAGAGAACAACAAGAGAAAUGGAUGAACUGCAUGAAGAUGAUGGCCUGUGACUUGUUUUGUUUUUUUUCUGUCUCAGUAUGCAAGACAGUACUAUGACAGCUUACUUCUGCCAGGGAAAAGAAAAAUGAUGAAAAGUUUUACAAAAUUUUGAGAUACCAAGUCACAAUUUUGACUAACCAACUUCUCAUGAUUCUGAGGGAUAGGGGUAGGGUUAUUUUUACUCAGUAUCUCAUAAUUAAGUCAAACCUUUGACCAAGAAAGUCAAACUCCUGGUAAGUAUCUCAUAAUUUUGACACAGUAAGUCUUUUUUUUUUAACUCAAUAUUUCAUUUCAAUUGUCAGCUCAUAAUUAUGCCCUACUAUCUAAAAAUGUUUGCCUAAUAAGUCAAUUCUGUUUGACUUAGUUUAUCAUAGGUGACUUAUUGUAUCAUCAAUUGUGACUUAUCUCAUAGUUCUGAUAUAGUAUCUCAUAAAUUUUACCCAGUAUCUCAAAAUUAUGAUUUCAUUAUUUAUUUAUUAGUAUUUCCUCAUUUUGGCUUUGUCAAAUGUUUGGCUUAGUAUCUCAUCAUUAUUACUUAUUUAAUUAUUAGUUACUUAUUAGUAUCUUUCUUUUCACCAUGCCUUCCGUUCCUUUUUCUUUCUUUUUUUUUUUUAAAUUUCUUCUCAGAAAUGGCCUUUUUAUAAUUCACUUGUAUCUGUCCAGGACAUAGUUAAGAGGGAGAGCAAACAUUGGAAGCGAUGGGACAGAGCUCUGAAUAGCACACUCAAAGUGCAGGUGGAGGUCAUUUUAAUGGUUGAUUAAAUUUCUUCCUUGUGUGCCUUUGCUCACGGAGCAACCGGUUAAGCUACAGCACAAACUCAGUGACUUAUCGGGAUGAUAGAGUUUUGUAAGGUAUGAAU